AUGGAUACCAACGGCCAGGUCACAGACGCCCCUCCGGCUGAAAAGCCCAUCGACCAGGAGGUCGACGAGGCCACUGAGAUGUUCAAGAACCUUUCAAAAAAGAAGAAGUCCAAGAAGUCCAAGGACACUGAUGCCGCGGAGGGUGACGAGGCACCCGCCGCCGAGGGCGAGUUCGACCCCUCCCUCCUGAAGAAGAAGAAGAAGAAGCCUUCCAAGAAGGACGCCGGUGACUUCGAGGCCAAGCUUAAGGAGCACGGUGUCACCGAAGAUACCACCGAGGAGCAGGCUGAGGAGGUCAUCCCCGAGGGUGAUCUCGAGGCCGGUACUGGUAUCUGGGCUCACGACGCGACGCAAGCCAUUCCCUACUCCCUCCUCGUCUCUCGCUUCUUCUCCCUCGUCCAGAGCCACCACCCCGACCUCCUUUCUAGCGGCACCAAGUCCUACAAGAUCCCCCCCCCCAUCGAAUACGUCACUUGCAAGACAUGCCGCAGCCCCGAUACCGAACUCAACAAGGGAGAGAACCGUCUGUACUUCGUUACCUGCAACUCUUGCGGAUCCCGCCGUUCCGUUGCCGCCAUCAAGACCGGUUUCCGUGGCCAGGUCGGCCGUCGCAAGCGUACUGGUUAA